UGUUUCGUGUUUCCGGUACCGCCUCUUCCGGCGUUAGCGGCGGCUUCGCGGAAGUGCGCGCUACACGUGUGUUUGCUCGGAGUCCGGUAGCGAUGGACGCUUUGGAUAAAGUCCUAAAACCUAAAACCAAAAGGGCUAAGAGAUUCCUUGAGAAGAGAGAACCAAAGCUCAGUGAAAACAUUAAGAAUGCCAUGCUGAUUAAAGGAGGGAAUGCGAACGCAACUAUGACGCAAGUCCUCAGAGAUGUGUAUGCCCUGAAGAAACCAUAUGGAGUUCUCUAUAAAAAGAAAAAUAUUACAAGACCAUUUGAGGAUCAGACGUCACUGGAAUUCUUCUCAAAGAAGUCAGACUGUUCUUUAUUUAUGUUUGGCUCCCAUAAUAAGAAGAGGCCAAAUAAUCUAGUAAUAGGUCGAAUGUAUGACUACCAUGUGCUGGAUAUGAUUGAACUAGGUAUUGAGAAGUUUGUCUCUCUAAAGGAUAUUAAGACUAGUAAGUGCCCUGAGGGAACAAAACCCCUGUUGAUAUUCGCUGGUGAUGAUUUUGAUGUAACAGAAGACUAUAGAAGAUUAAAAAAUCUUCUUAUUGAUUUCUUCAGAGGCCCCACAGUGUCAAAUGUCCGACUGGCCGGAUUAGAGUAUGUUCUGCACUUCACGGCACUCAACGGGAAGGUUUACUUUCGAAGCUAUAAGCUUCUGUUGAAGAAAUCUGGCUGCAGAACCCCACGAAUUGAGCUGGAGGAGAUGGGACCGUCGCUGGACCUCGUUCUGAGGAGGACACACUUAGCGUCAGAUGACCUUUAUAAGUUGUCUAUGAAAAUGCCCAAAGCUCUCAAGCCAAAGAAGAGAAAGAAUGUCUCUCAGGAUACUUUUGGUACAACUUUUGGAAGGAUUCAUAUGCAGAAGCAAGACCUAAGCAAACUACAGACCAGGAAAAUGAAGGGGUUGAAGAAGCGACCUGCAGAGAUGGGGACAGAUGGCGAGGGGAAAAAAUCAAAGAGAAUUAAGAAAAAUGAGUGAAACCAACUGACAGUGACCACUUUCUUGUGGUUGUUUACUAAAAAGAACUGUUCGAUUUAAGUCUGUUCAGUUUUUUCAUAGGAGUUUGUUGUUUCUUUGUAGGUUUUUGGAGGGAUAGUGGUUUGAUGAGAUCUCAUAUUGUAGCCCAGGCUAGCCUCAGUCUCCCAAGAGCAGCAAUUAUAGGCAUGUACCACCAUACCUAGCAUAUUGUAUAUUUCUGUAACAUAACUUAUUACUUAAAUUUUUAAAAAAUUUGAAAUCGUA